AUGGACCGAGCGCCGAGUCCUCCUCCGAAAGCGAGCCAGCACGAGCCCAUCAGCUUCGGCAUCGACCAGAUCCUGGGAGCCGGCACCGAGUCCGACGGCGGGCCCGCGAGGCGACGCCACGUGAGCGGCGGGGACGCUCGCUACGGCUCGGCGAGCCCGCCCGGUUGCGGCGCGCUCUCCUACGCGGAGGCGCCGGGCCCGUACGGCGAGAGAGGGAGCGCGGGGGCCCGGGGCGUGAUUCGCGUGCCCGCCCACAGACCGCCGCCGGCGCCGGGCCCGCAAUCGCCGCUUCAGAGCGCCGUGCCCGGCUUCGGAGGCCUGUGCUUCCCCUGGAUCGGGAACCGCUUCGCCAAGGACAGAAUAUCCGCGGCUCUGGUUCCGUUCUCGGUGACGCGGCGGAUAGGCCACCCGUACCAGAACCGGACGCCCCCCAAAAGGAAAAAGCCCCGCACGUCCUUCUCCAGGGUGCAGAUCUGCGAGCUGGAGAAGCGCUUCCACCGCCAGAAGUACCUGGCCAGCGCCGAGAGGGCCGCCCUGGCCAAGAGCCUCAAAAUGACCGACGCGCAGGUCAAGACCUGGUUCCAGAACCGCAGAACCAAGUGGAGGAGGCAGACCGCCGAGGAGCGGGAGGCGGAGCGCCAGCAGGCCAACCGGCUGAUCCUGCAGCUGCAGCAGUCCGCCCUGCACAAGUCGCUGCAGGGCGACACGGGCGCGUCCGACCCGCUGUGCGCGCACAACUCCUCGCUCUACGCCCUGCAGAACCUGCAGCCCUGGGCCGACGACGGCAGGGAAUAG